UCUUAUCAAUACUAGUGUCUUACACAAAAGAACUACCUAGCCGGAACCCAUGUUGUAGCGCCUCCUCGCGAUUCAGGGAAUGUUUUCUGUGCAACACGAAGCUGUCUACUCUAGGUUGAUUCAAGUUACACCUGGGCCUGUGUUUUGACAGAUGACUCUGUAAAGAAUCCCUGGAUUAAUCAAUCAGGUGUUUUGUAUUAUGGCUGGAGCAGGGGAUGAGAAAGUUUUCGUUAACCGGAAGUUUGAGUCGGAAACUGAAAUAGAGGAAAAACGCAAGAAAAGACAAGAAGAAUGGGAGAAAGUGCGUAAACCCGAGGACCCAGAAGAAUGCCCGGAGGAGGUCUAUGACCCUCGAUCUCUGUUUGACCGGCUGCAGGAGCAGAAGGAUAAGAAACAGCAGGAGUACGAGGAGCAGUUCAAAUUCAAAAAUAUGGUGAAGUGUCUGGACGAAGAUGAAUCGAAUUUCCUGGAUGAGGUUUCCAGGCAACAGAUGCUGGUAGAGAAGCAGCGCAGGGAUGAAGAUCUGAAGGAAUUGAAUGAAUACAGAAGCACUCUCUCAAAACUGACAGCAAACACCGAAACCAGGAAAGAACCAGAGAAGAAAGCAACGAUUAAACCAGCGGAGAACAAGAACACAUUCUCUCAGGCCAAGCUUCUGGCAGGAGCUGUCAAACGCAGGAGUUCAGACACAUCAGACAGUGUGAAGAAACAGAAGUUAGAAACAAAAGAGGACAGCAGCCAUCAAGGGAGCGAGGCGGUGGGGAGGGGCUCAGGUGCUGGCUCUGUGGUGCACCGCGUGGGCAUCCUGGUCCAGGUUCUGUUUAACAAGCUGCUGUGUCUGUCCUCAGGGAGCGAGGCGGUGGGGAGGGGCUCAGGUGCUGCCUCUGUGGUGCACCGCGUGGGCAUCCUGGUCCAGGUUCUGUUUAACAAGCUGCUGUGUCUGUCCUCAGGGAGCGAGGCGGUGGGGAGGGGCUCAGGUGCUGGCUCUGUGGUGCACCGCAUGGGCAUCCUGGUCCAGGUUCUGUUUAAUGAGCUGCUGUGUCUGUCCUCAGGGAGCGAGGCGGUGGGGAGGGGCUCAGGUGCUGGCUCUGUGGUGCACCGCAUGGGCAUCCUGGUCCAGGUUCUGUUUAAUGAGCUGCUGUGUCUGUCCUCAGGGAGCGAGGCGGUGGGGAGGGGCUCAGGUGCUGGCUCUGUGGUGCACUGAGUGGGCAUCCUGGUCCAGGUUCUGUUU